AAAUGGCUAAAAUAGCUUUUGUAAAAAAUCGUAGACAAUCGAGCAUUAAUUCCAUCAAUUUCCAUAGAUUCCACUUCUUGGAUAGGAGUCGUGAAUCCCGUCGGCGCAUCGGCCCUCCAAAAGCAAUAUACAGCGGUUUCAGUGAGCGUUUGCGCACAAAAACUCCUGCGGCGUUGCAGUGCGCGCUGUUUUGUGGUGGCGCCCGCUGUCAGUAUGAACUGCCGAGGCAGAGUCGUACUGCGAUACAGGGAGUGUACUCUGAUUGGGUCACAGACGACAUCCUCGCGAUGGCGCGUCCAAGCACCGCCAGUAUAGCCGCCAGGAAUAUCAUUCAACAAUUUCAUUGUUGGGGUAUCCGUACGGUGAUCAAUCUACAGACACCGGGAGAACACUCGAGCUGCGGACCUCCACUCACUAAAUCUGGCUUCACAUACGACCCGAAUAUAUUUAUGGCUAAUAACAUUUAUUAUUACAACUUCGCGUGGCCAGACUAUGGCGAGGCGAGUCUUUGCGGAUUAUUGGAUAUGGCGAAAGUGAUUUCUUUUGCACUACAAGAAGGCAGAGUCGCUAUACACUGUCAUGCAGGCUUAGGGCGGACCGGUGUACUCAUAGCCUGCUACCUUGUGUAUUCUCUCCGUAUACGAGCGAAUGAUGCCAUCCGACUUGUGAGGAAGAAGCGACCGCGAUCAAUACAAAUGAGUGGACAGAUCCUAUGUGUGCAGCAAUUUGAGCACUACCUACUACCGCAGACCAUUGUAUUUAGUUCAAAGGAAACUUUAAUGCUGACAAAAGAUAGAAAAACAUCCGAGUUCACACUUCGGCAAUAUCUGUACAGACAGAGAGCAGUCUUACAUGGAGUUGAAGAGAGGGCCUUUAAAAUGUUACCGAAAAUAGUAUACUGCAUCUGCGAACGUCUCCUCAAGCUUUGCGGGUGUCACCAAUCCGGUGGUUUUGAUUUGAGGAUCAGAAAUAGACCAUUCUAUAAAAACUUUUUCGUCUACAAACUCAAGCAAAUACCACGAACCGAUCCACAGUACCCGGAUGAAAUUGUACCAAAUCAAGUAACAAUUCUGCCUAUGAUCGAGUGGAGGGACCCCAUUGAAGAAGAUAUCGACAAGAACUUGGAGUCAGUUAACAGAAUAACGGGCAGCACGAAUGGUGGAAGUAUACCAGCCUUGCAUGUUCACGAGGCUUUUAUUACGGAUCACAAAAGUCUUCCAGAUGAUAAACAAAAAUAUCUCAAGCAACUACGCACAGAUAUCAAUCAAAGAAGAGACGACAUCAACAAAAUUGACAAAGAAGAUGAUCCGCUCAUACUCACAGGAUUAUUAUUCGAAUGGCUUGAAGGAUUGAAACAGCCUGUUUUGGAGCGGGAAGAUUUAUCGACCAUAAUUGGACGAUGCAAGCAUGUGAAUUCGUGUCUAGAUGCUCUAGAAAUGGAAGAUGUAAUUCUCAUAGAAUAUCUAUUACGUUUUGUUAUACGCUUAAGACCUCUUGCAGCGCAUAAGAAAGUCGAUAUUAUCAAACGUUUGAUUGCCGCCUUAACACACCAAAGAAUUCAAAUUAACGGAAAAAUACUUCCUGUCAAUUAUUUCCCAAAACUAAGAGAUGGAACAUGUAAUCAGUUAAUCAACUUUUUGCUACGAUUCGUCGUUGAAAUACAAAAAGAUAUAAUAAAACCUGAAAAAGAUGACACGGAUGUAGUUAUUCCGCCUCGUAGAUUAAAAAUAAAAGCUUGGAAAUAA